AGAGGAGCUCGGCGGUCGGACCCCUCCCUCCUUCUGUCUCUCUCCCCUCUCUCUCCUCUGUCUCUCUUCCUCUCUCGCCCUCUCUCUCUCUCUCUCCUCCCCUUGUUGUGACAGAGCACACCUGCUUGAUCUUGGCUGCACGCGCUCCGAGUCCAAUUACCCCAUAGGCCCUCGCAGCCACUCCACAGUCUCAUCCCCCCACUCGACUGGAUUUUGGGAGUCAAGCUCAUCUCGCCCAUUUCUACUCUCUUUGCCUUGCUUUCACUGAGAACAGGCUCCCUGCUAGUAGCACCAUGAGGUCGGCCUGUCUCUCUCUGCUCCUGGUUACUGCCUGCUGGGCUCUGCCCUUCCGCCAGUCGGGCUUCCUAGACUUCAUGAUGGAGGAUGAGGCGGGAUCAGGUGUGGAAGAUACUACAACUUUUGGCUUUCCUGCCAUGCCGGUUGGACCCAAGUGCCCCUUCAGAUGUCAGUGCCACCUUCGUGUGAUCCAGUGCUCUGACCUCGGUCUGAAGUCAGUUCCUGGGGAUAUCCCUGAUGACACCACCCUGCUUGACCUGCAGAACAACAAGAUUACUGAGAUCAAGGAGAACGACUUCAAGAAUCUCAAAGGACUGCAUGCUCUGAUCCUGGUGAACAACAAAAUCACCAUCAUCCAUGCCAAGGCCCUCAGCCCUCUGACCAAGCUGCAGCGCCUCUACCUGUCUAAGAACGUGCUGAAGGACAUGCCAGCCAACAUGCCCAAGAGCCUGCAGGAGCUGCGCAUCCAUGAGAACGAGAUCACCAAGAUCAAGAAGGCCUCCUUUCAGGGCAUGUCCCAUGUCAUCGUCAUGGAGCUUGGGUCCAACCCUCUGAAGAGCGCCGGAAUUGAAGCCGGUGCUUUUGCUGACCUGAAAAGAGUCUCUUACAUUCGUAUUGCAGACACUAACAUCACAGAGAUCCCCAAAGGUCUGCCUAGCUCUCUCUCUGAGCUCCACCUGGAUGGAAACAAGAUCACCAAGGUGACAGCCGACAGCCUCAAAGGCCUGAGGAACCUGGCUAAACUGGGUCUGAGCUACAAUGAGAUCAGCUCUGUGGAAAACGGCACACUGGCUAACGUCCCCCACCUGCGAGAGCUGCAUCUCGACAACAAUGCUCUGACCGGUGUUCCUCCUGGCCUGCCCGACCAUAAGUACAUCCAGGUGGUCUACCUCCAUGUCAACAAGAUUGCUGCUGUGGGAACAGAGGACUUCUGUCCUCCUGGCUUCAACACCAAGAAGGCCAUGUACUCUGGCAUCAGCCUGUUCAGCAACCCCGUGCCUUACUGGGAAGUUCAGCCGAUCACCUUCCGCUGCGUUUUCGACCGCUCCGCCAUCCAGCUCGGCAACUACAGGAAGAAGUAGAGAGUCCUGCGCACCUCUGCAAGGAAGUGUGUGUUUGUAAAUGAGUGUGUGAAAGUUUUGUAAGCGUGCGUGUUUGACCACAGCCACCCCCACCAAACACUGACCCCCCCUUACCAACACUGCCUCCCCACAAAUGAUGAUGUCAUUAAUCCACGCACACAUUUCAAAACUUCCGUGGACAUGGACCUCAAACACAACAUAUCAUUUUCAUUAUUUAGCUUCGACAUUGGUGCAACAGUAGUACACACAGCUUACAGCAAACACCAGCAUACUAUGGUGAUGCUCUCACACACAGCACAUCAUUCAUAGGACCAGUUUAGCAAGCAUUAACAUUGCAAAUACAUUCUCACAUUCAUACUGUAACAUAUUAUUGUGUAUAAUAUGUGCAAUUCAUUCAGUGGACAAAUUGAAAUUCAGAGGUGAACCCUAACCAAAAAGAUUUGAAAUCUCACUCAGUGGCAAAUGUUAUAAAUCCCAUUAUCCAUUGUAUGACUUAUGAGAAAGCUGGCCUGUAGAGCAGGCAGCAAGGGGUUAACUUGUGUUUCACAAUACCUUUAACAACUGGUAUACUAGAAUGUACUAGAUAUUACCUGUGUACUAGGAAUAGCAUUCAGAGUGUAACAUUACCACGCUGCACUCCAUAAAAGGACUCUGAACUUCUAUUUGUAUUGUAUUCAAUUCAAGUAGAGAUAAAAGCAACGUGACUUCUAUCACAUUGUGAUUUCUUGUGCUUACUUCAGUGUUUAUUUAGUUUUUCUUCAUCACAUUCCAUCCCCUGUUCCUCUCCUCAUGUAUGUUGUUCUGUUAAAAAAAAAACAAAAAAAAAAAACAAGGUGAAAAUAGCUUCUAAAAAA